AUGAACGUAUCCAUAGCGGCAUCCGCCCGCACGUCUGCGACUUCCCAAACUGUGGAAAGCAAUUCAUCCAGCGAUCCGCCCUCACCGUUCACCAGCGAGUUCACACAGGAGAGAAACCGCACAUGUGCGAACGCUGCGGCAAGGUAUGACUUACCCUUCUGCAGAGGGAGAACGCGAGCUGACUUCUCCCAGCCUUUCAGUGACAGCAGUUCUCUGGCGCGCCACCGCCGAAUUCACUCUGGCAAGCGUCCCUACAAGUGCCCCUACGCCGACUGCCAGAAGACCUUCACCCGUCGCACUACCUUGACGAGACAUCAAAACCACCACACCGGCACUGUUGAGGAGGCUGCUGCCGCGACCGCUGCUGCUCUCGCCGCUCGCGGUGCAACCAUGAAGCCAAACGCGACGCGUUCCGACGGCGAUGCCAUGUCGAACCGUGGCUCCCCGCUGACGACGCCUUCUCCUGGUCAGAGAACCCUCUCCAUGUCUCCCAGUGCAGACAGCAUGCACCGCGCCAACUCGGAGUUCCAAUACAUGGGCAACAGCUCGCUUCCCGUUCACCUUCAGCGAGACAUGCAUGUUGGUAGCCCUGCGUCGACAUCCUCGGGCGGUUAUAACACCGGCAUGAGGCCCACCUCGCACCCUACCAGCUACGGACCGCCCCCGACGCUGGAGCCGAGUGUCGAGCAACAUUCUGGCCCUGGCAGCGCUGGCGGCAGUCCCCACAUGAGCAACGUCGGCUGGCAGUCUCCUUCGCAUGUUGCCUCUCCUUCCCAUAGCAGCAACGGUGGCGGCUACACCUACCCUGACCCCGACGGGUACCCCGCUGCUCCCUCACUGGGUGGCCAAAUGUUUUACGGCAACCCUGGACAGGUUCGUCGUCCCCAGAGCACUGAGCCCCCUGCUGGCGCUUAUGACAUUAAGGGUCGUCAGAGCGAGCUGUGGGCAGGAGCUCACUAG